GGCGAGGCGCAGUUCAUCCUGAGUUCAUCUCGAACGAGCCUACUGAUACACACAUCACAAAACAGUUGACGUCAUAUUUAGUAGCCGGAAAUCGUUCGGUCUUCAGAGAAGAAUGGCUGGACUGCUGAAGAAGACGACCGGCCUGGUCGGCCUGGCGGUGUCCCACAAUCCCCACGAGCGUCUGAGGAUUCUGUACUCCAAGAUCCUGGCGUCGCUGCAGACCAUGCCGCAGGACGCCGCCUACAGGAAGUACACAGAGCAGCUGGUCAGCGAGAGAUUCCAACACGUCAAAAUGGAGCCUGAUGUUGAGAAGCUGGAGAAGAAGAUCAACUGUGGCCAGAUUGAAGAAGUUAUUUUCCAGGCGGAGUGUGAGCUGGCUCUGUCUAGGAAGAUGACUGAGUGGAAACCAUGGGAACCCCUGAUAGAAGAGCCUCCUCCCAACCAAUGGAAAUGGCCCAUCUGAACCAACCGUGUAUAUACUGCUCAUGUCAUACUGUCUGUGUGUGAGAUCCCUACUGUACAAAUAAAAGUCCUGCAAACAUUUCCCCA